AUGCGGAGAUCAUCUAUUUAUUCAUCCUCUAUACCGAGAGAUUUUAACACGCUAGAAUCCAUUUUUGGUCACUCAGAUAGCGACGACGCAAACGAGCCAGAUGGCGAAAGUGGUAGCCAUGAUAGCAUCACUGACGAGCGCACUAGCAACACACAGCAAACACAAUAUAAAUCUUCAUCCAAGCGUGUUUCCAACGAAAUGGACGAGGAAAUCGCCAGACAGCGACAAUCCAUACUCAAUCCCCAACAACCUCCUCAAGUUCACACCCCUAUCCCAGUCUCCUACGAUCAUGACAAGGUUGACAAUUCCACCGUCAUGACCGAGCUCCGCAUCAUUAGCAUCUACCUCAUACCUAUUUGGCUUACUCAUUUACUUGAGUACUCGCUAAAUGUUGCUAGCGUACUCUCAGUAGGGCACAUUGAUAAGAUGGCAUUAGCUGCCAUGAGUUUAUCCUCUAUGACUGCAGCAGUCACAGGUCUCGCUCUUAUUCAAGGCUUCGCGACCGGUUUGGAUAGCUUGUUAGCCACCAGCUAUGCAUCUAGCAAUCCUGCCUUGGUUGGAAUCUGGACAAGUCGCAUGACAGUCGUAAUCUUCCUCCUUCUCAUCCCAAUUAGCGCUGUAUGGAUCAACUCCGAGCGUAUUCUACUAUCUAUCGGACAAGAUCCUCAAGUCGCCCACCUUGCUGGUACCUACUUGAGAUACUUCACAGUUGCUUUGCCUGGAUUCGCUGGUUUUGAGCUGCUCAGGAAGUUUCUGCAAAGCUGCAACAACAUGCACAUUCCUACAAUCGUCCUGAUAGUCAUUAGUCCUCUCAACAUGCUCCUGCAAUACCUUCUUGUCUGGAAGACUAGUCUGGGAUUCAUUGGUAGCCCUAUUGCGUCAGCGGCAUGUAUUGAUCUUAUUGCGAUCCUACUAUUCGCAUAUGUUGUCCUCAACCCUAAAACCAGACAGGGUACUUGGGGCGGAUUCAGUCAUUUGAUGUUCAAAGAUCUCGGCGUCUGCUUCAAGCUCGGCGCAUCUGCUGCGACAAUGACACUUAGUGAAUGGGCUGCAUGGGAAGGUUUGGCAUUUGCAGCAUCUUUCAUUUCCCCUACGGCUUUAGCAGCUCAGUCCGUUAUAAAUACUAGCUCGUCAGUCAGCUACCAGCUGCCGUCAGCACUCAGUGUUGCCAGUUCAGUCAGGAUUGGAAACCUUAUGGGUAAAUUUCUACCCAAUAGAGCAUCGGCCGCCACUAAAGCUACGAUCCAAUUUUCCUUCGCCAUGGCGUUGAUAAAUGCGCUUGUUUUCUUGAUUUUUAGGAAGUCAUUUGCCAAGAUUUUUACUUCUGACAGCGACGUUAUAGAGCUAGUUGCUAAUAUUUUACCCCUUGUUGCGUUGUUCCAAUUCACGGAUGGCACCAUCUCAUCUUGCUUGGGUAUACUAAGGACAACAGGUCGACAGCUAAUGGGUGCAGUCAUUCAAAUAACUGGUUUCUACAUCAUUGGAUUACCGUUGGCUGUCUGUUUGGCAUUCCUACCUAGAGUCAAUCCUGAAAGCUAUUGGCCUUGGCCCAGUGCUCAGAGCGACAGACUUGUCGGUUUGUGGCUGGGUAUGUCCAUAGCGCUCUUUUUGAAUUUUAUCGCUGUCCUCUGGAUUGUCUCGCGUAUUAACUGGAAUAGGGAGUGCACACUGGCUGAUAUCAGAGUCAGGGGUACCACACACGCCGAGGAUAAUGAAACACCCCCACAGUCAACUCCGCCAAAUGAAAGACAACCAUUACUGGGAAGUAAUUGA